CACGGCGAUCAGCGAUCACUGAUCAACAGAAAGAGCCAAAGAUAUCGGCCUGGUCAUGUGAUCAGCUAUGUCCAAUCACAGCUGAUCACAUGGGACAUGUGCACUGAUCAUCAGGGCACUGAUGAUCAGUGUGCCCUGAUGAUCUGUGUAGCCUCAGCAGUGCCACCUGUCAGUGUCCAUCAGUGCCAGCUAUCAGUGCCACCUGCCAGUGCACAUCAGUGCCACAUCAAUGCCACAUAUCAGUGCCUACCAGUGCACAUCAAUACCACAUAUCAGUGCCCAUCUGAGCUGUCUUUCAGUGUUACCUAUCAGUGAAAGUCAGUGCCACCUAUCAAUGCCAGUCAGUGCAACCUAUCAGUGCUGCCAAUCAGUG